CAGUAAUUACGACAAUAUGCCAGACAAGGAUCUCUCAAUUACUUUCCAACAAACUCUAGCAUGACGCCCCGUGCACUCACGCCAUCCCCACCUCGGGGACACAAUUCACCCUCCCACGCAUCCAGCCGCAUGCCGCCUCCCGUCAAGAAGCGCACCCUCCUUUGGGAUUGGACUUCAGUUCGCGACUCGAUCCCUCUCCCCGUUAUUCCCACCAAUUCCCCCAUUUGCGCCUGCCAUAAUUGGAACACAUGGGCUCCACCCGAUCUCCCCGCGCACGUCCCCUUUCGGCCGAUGUUCCGCACGGUCGGGCAGCUACAGUUCCCUGAGUUCGAAUAUGCUCUCAGCCAGCCAUACCCGAUCAUGCACUUCCUCAACGAGCCGGAGCGCGCAGAUCUGACACCGGAGAGGGCCUGUGAGUUGUGGUUUGAGAAGAUAGUCCCUCUGAGGCAGGAGAAGGGGACUAAGAUUGUGGGACCAGCGGCGGCUAAUGAUCACCCCGGAACGGUCUGGUUGGAUACGUUUAUGGCUCUUGUUACGGCUCGGGAUUCGAGAGAGCGGCCUGACUUCCUCGGCCUACAUUACUACGGCACUAUUGCGGCUGAGGCUAUAGGGUAUUUGACGGACAGACAUAGGAAGUAUCCAGACUUGCCAGUGAACAUCAGCGAGAUCGCGAGCAUUAGCCGCGACAGGAGGCAGGUUGAGAAGUUUAGUAGGGAGAUCGCAGAGUGGGCUGAUAGGACGGAGUGGGUGGUAGAAUAUGGGUUUUUUGGGAUGAUGCAGGAGUGUGCGGAUGAAUUUGUGAGCCCUCAGGCACAGCUCAUGGAUAAGAAGGGGCAAUUGACUGGAUUGGGAAGAUGGGUGGUUGGCGUCUGAGGAAGAGGUGGUUCAUAAUAGCUGCUAGGACGCUUAUUGUAGACUAUAAAUUCUUAUUAUAGCUUAAGUUGUUUAUAGCAACUAUAAAGAGGAGUGAAGUGCCUCAAUAACUUAGGAACGGACGGUUCAUAACAGUCGCCUAGGCGUUCAAAUGAGCCUAUAGAUCCUAAUGUAACUAAAAUUGCGUAUAGCAACUAUAAUGAGGAC